AGCCUGGAAAGGAAUUGGCGUCACUGGAAUUUUAUGUGUCUCAGCAUGGAUGUUCAGUGGAAUUUGACGUGACUGUCUGAGAUACCUGUGCUUAAGGGUUUUUCUGAAGUGAGACGUGCUGAAUGACGUGGCACCGUCUGCCAUUAUUUGCUUCACCCUGUGUCUUUCAUGACAUGGUAAAUGGAAUGAAUAGCUCAAUGUCUCGCUGCGAGGUUCAUCCAUCGAAUAUCAAUUUCUAAGCAGUUGGAGGUGAUCCGGAAGCCUACUGGCUGCUGCUGAGGCUCACACUGCUGCUAAUAUCGCAAAUGAAGAACUUGAGAGGUGAACAAAUAAUGGAUCUGGAAGAUAAUGAGCGAUGCGGGCUUGAUGAUCUACAGCAAGGCAUUCAUUUUCAUUUACAUGCCAGCUGGUGAAUUCGGUCGCCUGCGAAGUGCUGUUAAUUGUACUAAUGUCGUUACUAGUUAUAUGUUGGCCAUUGAUCCCACUCAUUGCUUUAUCUGGGCUACAGGCAUGGCCAUGUCACUUGAUGCUGGUUUUCUGCUUCCCUGGUUACUGGAACUUAGCCAAUGAAAUACGUUAAUGUUGAUGAUGCGGGAGAAGAAGUUUGUAUCGAGAAACUGGACAUUAGUUUUGUUGUUUUGAUAAGCCAUGAUCUUAACCUUCUUCAUCAGGUUCGAAUUGAGGUUAGGUCCCGGAAGGAUCAUCAAAUUGUG